UGUACGUGGUUCGUCAUCCUGUGCAGCUCCUUUCUUCUGCUUCUCUUUUGGGGUUACUUCUGGUUGAUGGCUCGAAAUGAUUUUAAUGACUUCAAUUGGCUGGUGUACAACCGUUCUGGAGAAUGGAGAGAUGAGACAAUGCCCAUCCUCGCUUCCACCACUGUGGGAUUCAGCUACGUCACAUUCUUACUGAUCUUAGCACUUUUCCACAUAUCUUUGGGCCAGCAGCUGAAUCUCUACUGGGUUCACAAGAUGGGGGUGCUGGCUACACUGCUCACCACCAUCUCUGGUGUCAUUUUUGUCGAUGACUUAUGGGGAGACGAGUGGGACAUUCUGCUUGCGUCACUGCAGUACACAGCACCUUUCCUGCAUCUUGGCGCCCUGGUAACAGUGACAGCUAUCAGCUGGCUGGUAGCUGGAUAUGUUGUCCGCAGAGAGAGAUCCAAUAUCCAGGUGAUGGUGUUGUUUAUCUACACUGUAGUCCUCCUUGCUCUCUGUUUGGCACCGCUCACGUUCACCUGCCCCUGCAUCAUGGACCGUCAUAGCCUCAAACCGCGACCAAGCGUCAUUGGCCGAAGAGGAGCUCCUAUGCUGGCUGCAGAGAACACCGUGGUGUCCUUCAACAGAGCCCUGCAGCAUGGUGCCAGCUCCUUGGAGGCUGAUGUCACCAUAAGUGUCGAUGGGGUUCCCUUCCUCAUGCGAGACCACACUCUGAGGCGGACCACAGAUGUCACUAAGGUGUUUCCAGCCAGACAGUAUGAAGAUGCCUCCUUUUUCAACUGGACAGAGAUCCGCUCUCUCAAUGCAGGCCAGUGGUUUUUGGAGAGUGACCCCUACUGGACAGCAGCCUCACUGACAGCGAAGGAGCGGAGCAGAAUAGGCAACCAGACGGUUUGCAGUCUGGUGGAAAUGCUUCGUCUGGCAGCCAAGGCCGACAGCUCCGCGCUGCUCAACAUUCACAAACCUCCACCAGAGCACCCACGCUACCGCAGCUGGUUCAUGGACACGCUGCGGGCUGUGCAGAAAGCGGGGAUUCCCCUGAAGAGGGUGACGUGGACCCCCGACACAGACAGGGGGAGGGUGCGAGGGCUUCACCAGACCACAAGUGAGAAGCUGUCAGUGGAAGCGAUAAGGCAGAGAGGAAUUACAAGUCUGACCCUCCACUACAGCAAGGCUAGCCACAAAGAGCUACAGGAGUACCUGGCCAAUAAUGUGAGUGUGACUGUCUACCCGGUGAAUGAGCCCUGGCUCUACUCCAUUCUGUGGUGUAGUGGGGUGCCUUCUGUGUCUUCUGAUGCCCCCCAUGUCCUCCGAAAGGUGCCUUAUCCCAUCUGGCUCAUGAGCCAGAGCGCUUACAACUUCAUCUGGAUGACUUCAGAUCUAGUGUCCGUCGCCAUAGUCAUAGGGGUUUUCUUUUUUCAGAAGUGGAGGAUGAGCGGGAUGCAAAACUAUAACCCAGAACACAUCAUGUUGAGCGCUGUAGCGCGACGGUCCAGUCGUGACGUCAACAUCAUGAAGGAGAAGCUCAUAUUCUCAGAGCUUAACAAUGGGCUCAGCAGUACAGAAGAACUUUCUCUGUAUCCCGAGAAUGGCUACGUCAGAUAUUCUCAUGGAGGCCUCAGUCGCUGACCAGAACAGCCACAGCUGCAAACUUGAGUUUGACGUCAGAGAUCUGACACGUCUUCUUUCAUCAGGGUGCUGAUCUGCUGAGCACAUAUCACGUUUAAGUCCUGACAAUUAAAAGUUUUCCAUUUAUGGCCUGUUGCUUACUUUUCUUAAUCUUCCAUCAAUCUACCCAUCCACUGGGUAGUGAUUUCUCCAUGAUGACAAACUUGGGAGUGUUUUAAUAUCAUGUAUUUGGCUGUUUUCUCAGUUGUUCCAUGUACUAUUACCAGUUUCAGCCAAAUUCUUCUGAUAAUGUUAGCCAUUAACAUUUCUGUUCUAAGAAGAUAUUUUGUUGGCUUAAAUUACCGUAUUUUCCGGACCAUAAAGCGCACCGGAUUAUAAGGCGCAUUAAGCGAAACAAAACAGUCAGAUAAGUCAA